CCCUGUAGGGCGCCCUGAGCCAUCCAUCCCUCCCACCUCCCGUGUGUUUCUAUAGUAAUUUCCAGCCAAUGAUCAGUAGGUGUCCACAUCCCUGCUUCCUCACCUCAGCACCAAUCAGCCACACACAGCGACAGGAGACACGGACUGAGCAGAGACCAGGCAGACACACAAUACAAGCCCCGGAUCAGGAGGAGAGGAGGAAACACCUCACCCCCUCUGCGAUUUCUCCCCCUCUUUUUUCUUUUAAAUCCAAGACACCUUUUGGCUUAUUUAUGCACUUUCCGACCUUUUUUCUAACGUGACCAGAAAGUCGAUAAAAAUGGUCCUUUUGUUUUGAGCGCUCUGAGCACACACACACACACACACACACACACACACACACACACUCGCUCCGCUCUCCUCCGGCAGCUUAUGUCUGUGCGUCUUCUCGCAUCUUUGCAUUAUUUUCUCCCCACGUAUCGCUUCGCAGUAAUGUGCCGCUACACGGUCGCAGGCUGGUAGCAUCUUGGGAGCUCUUCUCAACAGGAACCUGCACUGGGGAAGAUAAACCAGGAUGGUAACGCGCUGUUCGUAACCAGCUGCAGAACAACAAAGGCCACUGUAACCUCGCUCUCUUCCCUGAAACGUUGACAGCCAUUCCUCCGCCAUGUCUAACAUAAACAAUGCGCUUUGCAUUGAAAACGGACAGAACGCAGAUGUGUCUCUCUUACAAAAGGAUAAUCUUCAGGAUGGUGGAUUAAGCCAGCUUUUGGAUUAUAAUGCAGAAAUGGAAAGGUACAGGUCUUUUGCAAACUUUUAUAAAACCAAUGGGGCCUUUCCACAGACUGCUAAGAUUGCCCGCAUCACAACACCCAUUUUUCCCAGUGCUAGAAUUGGCAUGUCCCCUUGGAACUGCGAUAACGCCAUGCUCUGGGGAAGGAAAUCAGCGGCAAUAAACCCUAAUAGGACCAGCAUGCAUAGAAAUGACUCCCAGAGGCCGGGGAAGCCUGGCGUGCCGCCAGAGACGCUGCAAAUGGCAAAUAAUAAUUUCCUCUCUACCUUAUCCCCCGAACACUGCAGACCUUUAGCAGGAGAAUGCAUGAACAAGCUGAAAUGCGGCGCUGCUGAAGCAGAGAUAAUGAAUCUCCCAGAACGCGUUGGAACUUUUUCCGCUAUCCCGGCUUUAGGGGGCAUCUCAUUACCUCCCGGGGUCAUCGUCAUGACAGCCCUUCACUCCCCCGCAGCCUCAGCAGCCGUUACAGACAGUGCGUUUCAAAUUGCCAAUCUGGCAGACUGCCCACAGAAUAAUUCCUCAGUAUCCAGUGGAAACCCAGCGAAGAAGAAAAGGAAAAGGUGUGGGGUCUGUGCACCCUGCAGGCGGCUAAUCAACUGUGGUGUCUGCAGCAGUUGUCGGAACCGCAAAACGGGCCACCAGAUCUGCAAAUUUAGGAAAUGCGAGGAGCUGAAGAAGAAGCCAGGCUCGUCGCUGGAGAGGACGCCGGUCAACAACGGCGAAGCUUUUCGGUGGUUCUUUUAGAGAGGGGAGACAUUGCCACCCCAUCCAGCAGCAGGAGGGCAGGCGGGACUCUUGACUCUCCACCAGGAGCACUUGAUGGGUUCACAGAACCCAACACGCCCAAAACAUUUGUGGACGACAAGAACAAGAGAAGAAAAGUGGACAGACAAAAAGAUAAAUGAAAACAUAAUGGUGUUGUUUUAACUCUGUAAUUUCCUUUUCUGUGUAAUUAUUGUACCUUUUGACAGUAUCAUAAUGUAUAUUUUUGGUGUCUAUGAAUGUGUUUUCAGUGUUGUGGCUGUAGGUUUACAGCCAACCCUAUGUAAAGGACUCAAACAGACAAUCAUACAAUCAUAAUGAAUCCGUCAAACAGAAGAGGCCACAAGGAUUGAUGAUAUAACAAAUACAACAAAAACUUUACUCUGGAGCAAUAAUCUAUUCUGUUGAUUAUUCCUCAAAUCUUUUAUUUCUGUUGGCUGUUCAAUUACGUUAUCAAACUGAAACCUCCCCUUGUUUCAUCUUUUUAUUUCUUCUUAAAACCAUAUUUUCAAAGUCCACACUGAUGUUCCGAACGUCACUGGCAGUGAUGUGUCUCGUUGAGAGCAGUGACGUGAGGGUCAACAGCAGCGCCUCUGUGGCGGACUUUCUUGUCCUCAUUCCAGUGGACUCAAUGCAGAACAGGGCACAUUGUCUUGUGUGGUGAGUCGCACUUCUUCAAAAUGUAAUUGGGCGUCAUUUGAUUGUGACAGCACCAGACGUUUAUGAGUCAGACUGCUGUCUGGAGGUCAUAUUCACAAAGAUGUUUGAAGUACAAGUUUUUAACAAAACCAUCAAACCCGUUCUUUUUUCCUUUCACUUUGGAUCACUAAAGGUUGUAACUGUCUAAAAGGUAGAGAGUAAUGCCAGUAAAGGAACUGUAUGUUAUGUUGAAAACAUUCAAAUUUAGAAUUAAUUACAGUACAUACUGCAUAUUUGACCUAUCAGAUGUUGUUCUGGAGCUAAGGGAUAGUCUAGACUUUCCUCCUGCGGAGUAAACGGCAGUCCUUUCUCCUGCAAAGUAAUGUUAACACAUUCCAAAAACAAAAUUAUUCAAUAAGUUACUCAUUGUCUUAAACCCUAUUGUUGCAUGUGUAAAUGUGUUUUGGUUUUAAAGAUUACUAAGAAUUUGUAUAUUGUUGUUGUGAUGCUUUUAUGUGUUAAAAUAAAAAAAAGAUGACUU